AUGGAUUCACCCCCAGACACAAACGACGUAUUCUCACUAUCUGACCAACUCCUCGCCGAGCGACUUCACUUUGUUAAAGAGAUCGGUUUCGGUAACUGGGGCAGCGUAUGGCUCUGUCGUCCAAAGUCUUCGCCUGCAAAGCAGAGAGACGUAGAGGUAGCAGUCAAGCUAGUGCACCGCUCGAAAACGCCCACCACAGCCGCGAGAGUGCGCUCUCUAUGGAAUGAGAUGAAGAUAGUUCGGUCGUUCAAGCAUGAUCCUCAUCCCUCUAUCAUUCCCUUUCAUUCGUUCAUCAUAACGCCAUCCUACGCACUCAUCACCAUGGCCUACCUCCCCACUCUAGUUCCGGUCGAAGUCUCUGAACCACGCGCAAAAGAGUGGUUCCGAUCUCUUCUCUCAGGUGCACAUUUCCUGCAUACGCGUGGCGUCGUUCAUAAUGAUAUCAAACCCGCCAACAUACUCCUCUCUCAAGCGAACGUUCCCGUCCUUGUCGACUUCGGAUUCGCGGAAAAAUACGACAUGCAAUCACCAAAGGCUUUCCACAGCAAUUUGACAUACGGCACCCCCGAAUAUCUGUCUCCCGAGCGAGCUCGUGGCAUGCCUCACGAUACGCGAAAAUCCGACGUCUGGUCUCUCGGUAUAACCUUCUUCGAAAUAUUGGUGGGACGCACACCCUUCGAGUACGAGGAGGGCGAAGUGUUUGAGAAAAAGGAAGACCUCGAGAAGUACUGGGACCGCACGAUGCGAGGUAAAUGGGUGGGCAGCUACUCCGUCUCCAAUGCAGUGGAACGGUUCCUGAAGCGUAUGAUCGUUCCCAAUGCCGAUUUGCGGUGUACCACCACCGAGUUGUUGCUUGAUGGUUAUUGGGAGAAUCCGUCUCCUAUGAUCAACGGAAAGGCUGGUCAUAAGCACAUCGAGGGCGGAGACCGCUACGCCGACGUCGGCCACGCGUUCCAGGGUUCCCUCGCGCGGUAG